UAAACCAUCAUCAUUAUGCAGCCUUAUCGUUAACACUAUUUCUUUCCUCAGAACAAUGAAUUCAUCAACACUUCUUCGUCCUUCUUCUCCUCCUCUGCUUUUUCAUCGCAACCCUACCAUUUGUUCUUCAUCUAGAAACCAAUCUUACAUCCCUAAACUCGAACCCUUUAACCGAUCCAAAAUCGAUAGAGUCGCUAAAAACCUCCCUCUAAUAGAAAAAUCUGAAAAAGAUCUCUCUGAUUAUUGUUCCACGCUUGAAGGCGAUGAAUGUUAUAGUUGCUGGCAGGCUUAUUUCGAGCUCAAAGAUCUUGAAAAGGAGUCACCGAGAGCGGAUAUAGAGAGAAUGAUUAUUCAGAUUGGUGGUAUAAAAUCCUUGAUAGGAUGUUUACAUGCUAUUGCGCUGAUGCAUAAAUUGAAGAAGGAUGGACUAAAUUUGGGCAUGGAAAUAGAAUCAAAAGAUGAACAAAAUCUUUGUCCUAGACCAGAUGGAUUACCGAAAUCUGCUGAUGAAAUGAUGGAAGAAGAGAAAGCGAAAAUGCCGGAUUCUUCGUAUACUAAGCUUCUUAGAUCCAUGGGAAAGUCACAGUCACCUGCAUGGUUUUCUGAAGCACCAGAUCAUGAAACAGAUUGAUGAUUACUAUAAUUUGAUAUGUUUUUCUUUUUGUUUAUAGAGAAUGAUUAAUCAUGUGAAUGUUUUAGUAGUAGGCUAGUUAUGCUCCUAUACUUGUGAGGUUUUUUGUUUUUGCUUAGUUUGGUUUAUUGCUUUUCAUAAAUCAUGAUCUCAUGUAAUUUCAGGAAGUAAUGUAUAUAACAUGUAUUUUGUUUUUCACA